AUGGGACGAAAUCUAAAGAUCUCAAAAACCAUAAAGUAUCUCGGACUUACAUGGGAUCAGGGUCUCACAUGGCUGCCCCACCUUCAAGACAUCAGAGUCAAGACAGCAAAUAUAGCUAAGAAAGCCAGACAAUUCCAGGGAAGCAACUGGGGGCAAAACCCUCACAUCCAGAAACUGCUAUAUCUAACGGUAGCGGAGAGAAUUGUUCUUUACGCAUCGGCUAUAUGGGCGCAACCAAUGAGCAGUCGCAAGAUCAAACUCUUGACAACAAUACAACGGCCAUUUGCUCUAAACAUAAGUAGGGCAUAUAGGACAACGGCAUCAAGUGCAAUAACGGUCCUUGCGGGACUAACACCCCUGCACAUAAAGGCCAGCAUAGAAGCUGCAUAUGAGCGCCUAAUUAGGCUAAAACAAGAUGCCAACUUUGCUGGCACCGCCUUCCAUGCAACACAGUAUGAAUUACCAGGGAGUGUGCAGUAUGUGCACCCGGCACACAAAAGUAAAGGCAUCCAUGUCGUGACAGCACAACACCCAACGCCUCUCAGAGAAACUCCACAUGUGAACUCACGAUUCUACACCGAUGGAUCAAAGCAUGACAAUGGAGUGGGAUGCGCCUUCGUUCACUUCAAAAAUGACCGAGUGGAAAGCAAAUGGAAAGGCCAUCUCGCUACCCACAACAGCAUUUUCCAGGCAGAAGCUGUGGCAAUAGCAGCUGCAAUUCAGUAUGCUCAGGAUAUCAAUCUAGCAGCAACCGAAAUUCACACAGACAGCAUGUCAGUGCUACAGGCAAUCAUGAAUCACCACCAUACCUCACCCACAAUUAUAGCAAUCCAACAGCUCCUGCGUAACAAUAUGCAAACACACAUCAAACUAAUCUGGGUGAAAGGACAUGAUGGCAUAGAGGGUAACGAGAUGGCAGACCAGUUAGCAAACGAGGCGGCACUCAACAACGACGCGCGCAAGAGGUGA